GUUCCCAGAUCUCCUCAUUCUGUGAUUAAGAACGCCUUGCUUGUUGUAUGGAGGUUUUGUUUUGAUACUCGCUAACUCCUUGUCUUACUGACUAAAUGGUGUAAAUGAGUACUUUUAGGACUGCCUACCUUGGUAAAAGGUAUUUAGUUUUCUGCACUCAAGGAACACGAUGGCUCCGCUCAUUUACCGUUGAGUGUUCCCGGGCACGUUCGCCAUGGGAUCGUUUUGUUCUCCCUUCGCGUUUUGGCGGGGUCACUUUAUCAAGGUGUUUUUCUAAACACAGCAAAGACACUUCAGCUUCACACGAUGAGGAUGAAGAUCACCCAGAGAGCACGGAAAUUUUGCAGACGCUUCGAGCUGACCACCACUACCACCACGACAAAUACGCGGGGAAACUACACGAAGUUUUCGUCUUGGAACCCAAUUUUAAAUGGGGAAAGAAUCGCUUUCGGAAUGUUACAAACGAGCACAGGUUGGAUGAGGCGUGUGCCCUAGUCGAGUCGAUAGAAAACUGGAAGGUUGUGGGUAAAAGUAUAGAAUCCGUCAGAAAAAUGGAUGGAAAGACGUUUUUCGGAAAAGGAAAGAUCGAGGAGUUGACUGAGAAAUUCCAAGAAAUGAGAGAGUCGUCUACGCCACUUGAGAGUGUUUUUAUCGAUGUAGCUAGGCUUAACACAAGGCAACACAAGGAACUGGAAGACCUUUGGAAUGUCAAGAUAUUUGACAGGUUUGGUAUAGUGCUACAAAUAUUCAAGGAAAGGGCCAAAACUGCAGAGGCCAAGAUUCAAGUGGAAUUAGCAGAGCUGCCCUACAUCAGGUCAAGACUAGCACACGCAGGUGAAAAUACUGGUGGAAGUUAUGACCAGCAGAGAGGUGGAACACACACCAGAGGAGGAUCUGGAGAAACACUCCUUGAGAAACAAAAGAGGAUCAUAGCUGAACGAGAACGAAAGCUAAAAAAGAAGCUAGAUGUUAUCAAAAAGCAACGUGAACAAGUCAGACAUCAUCGACAUAAAAGGCAUGUGCCAACUGUUGCAGUGGUAGGGUACACCAAUGCAGGUAAGACAACCCUCAUAAAAGCAUUGACAGAUGAAGCCAAGAUGCAGCCCGAAGACAGACUUUUUGCGACACUUGAUGUGACGGCUCACCCAGGCAAACUCCCAUCAGGGAUGGUAGUACUGUUUCUUGACACUGUGGGAUUUGUUUCUGAUCUUCCUCCGGAACUUGUUGAGUCAUUUUCUGCAACAUUAGAAGAUAUUACAGAUUCGGUAGGUUUUCUGAUCAGAUCAAUUGCUCAGAUUUUUGAUCUAACAACUACUGAGUACAUGUAGGUAGCUUCUAAAGUGAUCCAGCUAAAAUUAAAUUAGAUUACACAAAGCAUUUAAUAAUGUUGUAAUAAAAAGUAUUUCUUCAUGCCCUAAUUAAUUGCUGGACAAUUGAUAAGUUAUGUACAGCGUGCAUGUAACAGUCACGCAUAAAGUUCUUGAGGGCCAUGCAAAAUUCAAGUGAAAGUGAAUUUGACUUACCUACAUGUAGUGAUACUUGUACCUGUAGGCAAGGAAUUCCAAA